ACCACUUCGUCUGGCGUCACAUAUCACGUAGAAACACAUAUUUUCUGUUUAGGUAACGUUAUACAGCAUGUUGUCGCUCGUUUCUGAUAUAAAGGGUGUUUAUGUAAUCUGAAUUUACUGAUAAAGUGGAGGAGGAUGCGUUGAGAUCAUGCACCUAUUUAGGACAAGGGACGGCAAUUUCAGCUUGCAGGAAACGAACCAAAGAACCACCUACCGAACUUGCUGACCCAAGAUUCAACAUGGCAGAUAUAGACGCUCUGAUUCUAAUCCUAGCCAGACGGAACGCUAGGCGCAAAUCUCCCCGUAUCCAAACCAAGAAGCGGUUCAGACUCCACCAGAACGUGCAGCAACUACCCGACGAGUUGCUAAUAGAACGCUGUCGCUUUGACAGGGACAGCAUUAACUACCUUCGUGGGCUUUUGAGUGACAAACUGGUCAAUCCCUAUGCGCACAACCAUCCACUGUCUGUGGAGGCAAAAAUCUGCGCUGCCCUGGCCUACUACACGAGCAACUCCUUUCAGACGGCCGUAGGAAACUUUGUGGGAGUGUCCCAGUCCACAAUAAGCCACGCUGUCACCCACGUGACUGACGCACUGGUGGAGUUAGGAGAGCAGUUUGUUAACUUCCCCCCUCCAGAGUCCCAUGAGCGGGAAAAGCGACAAUUUAGGGACAUUGCGGGUUUCCCUGACGUUUUGGGUGUCGUGGGGUGCACCCACAUAGCGAUCAGGGCACCGCCGGGGGACCCCCACACCUUCCUCAACCACAAGUCUUUUCAUUCGCUCAAAGUGCAGAUCACGGCGGAUGUAAACUCCACCAUCACCAGUGUGGUCGCGCGGUUCCCGGGGUCCUCCAGAGACGCCUUUGUGUGGAGAAGGAGCCCCAUGGCUGCGCGCUGCGCGGCCGGCUGCCUCGGCACAGGCCACCUCCUCGGAGGUCCCGGCUACCCCCUCAGGCCCUGGCUUCUGACGCCGGUUCGGCGACCGGCCUCGAGAGCGGAGGAGCUGUAUAACCAGGCCCUGAGGAAGACGCUGCGGCGCGUGGCCGUCACGUGCCGGCUCCUGAAGAAGCGCUUCCGCUGCCUGGACGGCGCCCGCGUUCUCAACUGCUUCCCAGAGAAGUGCGGCCGCAUCAUCAUAGCCUGCUGCGUCCUCCACAACAUCGCCGUCGGCCGCAAUGUGCCUCUGCCGCCAGAAGAGGGAGCUGCCGCCCAGGGCCCAAACAGGGAGGAGGAGGAGGAGGGAGAGGAGGAGGAGGAAGAGGUUGGGGAAAUGGGGGACGAGGACGCAGAAUCGCCACAGUGCCAGCUAGGCUGGCAAAAAAGGCAGGCUGUUAUCCAGCGGCAUUUUGAAAAGCUGUGACCUCCCCUCCGGGCCUUGCCAGUGUUAACACCACUGAUGGAGAAACUCUAACUGGCACGCAUUCAUUUAACAAAUGCCUCUUUAGCUCUCUAUGGCUCGGCCUCAGGAUUCGACAGCCUACCAGCCUAUUUUGGGCAACUGCAGUAGCGUUCUUAUUCCGGUUUUUUUGUAUUCCUUUAUUUUAUUUUUUAUUCCUUUAUAGCACUGUUUUUUUUUUUUUUUUUUUUUGCUGUUUAUACCCUGGGGAAGAAAAUUUUUUUGAAGGUUAUGCCAGAAUGGCAAGACAUUGUUGGACAAAGCAGCCCUUGCAUCUUUGGAGUUGAGGACCUCUGGGAUGUGCUGUGCUUUGUACUUCACCUUCCCUGAAUGUUGCCUGAAAUACUGUAUGUGUUAAAGGCAGUGCUACUCCAUAAAGAGCAAUAGAGCACUUUAAUUUAGCAUCUGUCAGUGGAGAUGACUGACCGGUGCAGUCUGGGAUUCCACAAGUGUAAAAAUGACCAUUGAAGUUGUUCUUGUUAUUCUGUGUACAAUGUGAAGUAUCUUGAUAUAUUGUCCAAUACUAAGCCGUGAAAAAGCA